AUGGCGGACGAGAACAACGGUACCCCCUUGGGCGAUCGACCAGAAGAGCAGCAGGCAUCUGAGCAUCUGAAUAUCAAAGUCACGGACAACAACAACGAGGUCUUCUUCAAGAUCAAGCGCACAACUCAGCUCAAGAAGCUCAUGGACGCCUUUUGCGAGCGUCAGGGCAAGUCAGCACAGAGCGUGCGAUUCCUCUUCGACGGCCAGCGUGUGAACCACUCAGAUACCCCAGACACGCUCGAGAUGGCAGACGGCGACACCCUCGAAGUCCACCAAGAGCAAAUCGGCGGCUUCUGCUAG